AUGCCUCGGAGCUCGUUUGGCUUGUUCGGCAUUAAUCUGGCCAACCAGGGGAUCCUCUUCAUCCGGGCUCUGGAACAAGUGGUUGCCACAGCCUGGAGCAGCAGACUAAGGGUUGCAUUUGCUGUUUUAGCAGCCUCUGAGCUUCCUGCCCAGAGCUCCCCACAGGCCUGCGUGUUCCCCCUAGGACUUGUCCCUUUCCCCAGGCUGCUGUGUUGGGGGGUCAGUGGGCAGAGAUAG